AUGAAAAACUUGUUAUCAUCACUCUCAUGUGCGAAACUCACACCUUCAAUCUACACCAACCAUCUUCUCGAUUUCUUCGAUUCUCUUCUUCUUCAACGAUGCUCCACUCUCCAACAAGCUCGUCAAAUUCACACCCAAUUAGUCCUCACAACCGCCCACCAUUCCCCCUUCUUAUCCGCCAGGCUCAUAUCAACAUACGCCCGUUUCGGUUCUAUUUUCGAAGCCCAGAAAGUGUUCAAAACCACCCCAGUUGAGUCUCUUCACAACAUUCUCUUAUGGAAUUCAAUUAUUAGAGCCAAUGUAUCACAUGGGUGUUACGAAUAUGCUGUUCAUCUUUAUGUUCAAAUGCGAAAGUUUGGAUUUUUACCUGAUGGGUUCACCUUGCCUUUGAUAAUUAAGUCAUGUUCUUAUCUUGGGAUUCUUAGGAUUUGUAAGAUUGUUCAUUGUCAUGUUUUGGAACUGGGUUUUAAGAAUCAUGUUCACGUGAUGAAUGAAUUGGUGGGUAUGUAUGGGAGAGUUAGGAGAAUGGAGGAUGCGUGCAAAGUGUUUGAUGGAAUGGUUGUGAGAAGUGUUUUGUCGUGGAAUACUUUGGUUUCGAGUUAUGCUUUUAAUCUUGAUUCUGUUGGUGCUUUUAGGAUUUUUAAACGGAUGGAGUUGGAAGGUUUGAAGCCGAAUUAUGUGACAUGGACGUCUCUUUUGUCGAGUCAUGCUAGAUGUGGACUUUAUGAUGAGACUAUGGAGUUGCUUAAGUUGAUGAGAAUAAAGGGAGUUGAGAUUAGUGCUGAAGCUAUAGCUGUGGUGUUGUCUGUGUGUGCUGAUAUGGAGGGAGUUCAAUGGGGGAAAGAAAUUCAUGGGUAUGUUAUUAAAGGUGGAUAUGAAGAUUAUUUGUUUGUGACAAAUGCAUUGAUAGGGACUUAUGCGAAGAAGCAUGAGCAUCUUGAGGAUGCACAUAAAAUAUUUUCUGACAUAAAGAACAAGAAUUUACUGGAGAAAUCGAAUGGUCAUCCGGCGGUGAGACCCAAUGUCAUAAGUUGGAGUGCUGUGAUUAGUGGUUUUGCUUCCAAGGGGUGUGGCGAGGAGUCAUUGGAACUGUUUAGGCGAAUGCAGCUUGCGAAGGUAAUGCCCAAUUGUGUCACUAUAUCUAGUGUUUUAUCAGUUUGUGCAGAAUUAGCAGCAUUGAACUCUGGCAGGGAGCUUCAUGCUUAUACCGUUAGGAAUCUCAUGGAUGUCAAUAUUUCGGUGGGGAAUGGUUUGAUUAACAUGUACAUGAAGUGUGGGGUUUUCAAGGAAGCACAUUUGGUAUUCGAUAAUAUUAAGGAUAGAGAUUUAAUCUCAUGGAACUCACUAAUUGGGGGUUAUGGAAUGCACGGGCUUGGUGACAAUGCUUUAAGAACUUUUGAUGAGAUGAUUAAAGCCGGAAUGAGACCCGACAACAUCACAUUUGUUGCUGUUCUAUCUGCAUGUAGUCAUGCUGGUCUUGUUGCUGCGGGUCGCAACCUUUUUGAUCGGAUGGUCAGAGAGUUUAGAAUUGACCCUAACGUAGAGCACUAUGCAUGCAUGGUUGAUCUCCUUGGCCGUGCUGGGCUUUUGCAUGAAGCGAGUGAUAUUGUGAAAAACAUGCCAAUAGAACCUAAUGAGUGUGUGUGGGGAGCUCUUUUAAACUCAUGUAGAAUGUACAAAGAUACAGAUGUUAUAGAAGAAACAGCAUCACAAAUUCUAGCUCAGAAGUCAGAAAUAACUGGGAGCUUCAUGCUUCUGUCCAAUAUUUAUGCUGCAAAUGAAAGAUGGGAGGAUUCUGCAAGGGUCAGGGUCUCAGCAAAGAAAAAAGGUUUCAAAAAAGUACCUGGUCAGAGUUGGAUUGAGGUGAGAAAAAAGGUAUACACGUUCUCUGCAGGGAAUGUAGUCCAUUUAGAGCAGGGUGAAAUCUAUGCCAUCCUUGAUGAAUUGGCACUUCAAAUGGCGAGUGUAAAUUAUAAUAUCAAUAACUUCUUUGAUCAACAAUGUAUUUCUGACCAAUCAAAACUCUUACUUAUUGAAAACUGA